AUGUCACCGCGGUUGGUGAUGAAACGUUUGCGAUCCAACUGCCAAGCUCGGCGAACAAACCAACAACCGAUCAACGCACCCGAGCUACUAUUGUCCCUUCAUAUUCUGUUUGUUUCACAAAAGGCCCUUUGUCCGGAUGCUCAAGUCAUUAUUGACGUGGCAACAAUGGUGUUACGGCGGAAAAAAACACGGGUAGUCAUGUAA